AUGCGAGUGCAUCGAAGGCUGCUCCUCUCCUCAUGUCUCUUCGUCGUUGCCUUUGGAGGCGACACGUCUCGGAUAAUCGUACCUGACUUGAGGCAUGGGAGUCGAGACGCUCUCGAUGUCCGGGCACGUGAAGGGCAAUGUUUGAGGCUGAGAGGAGGAAAGCUCAAGUAUAAGAACCUCAGAGAGGUCAAACAGCAGAGACUCGCGGAUGAGCGACUGGCGAAAAGAGCGGACGCCCGGAGGAAGCAGAAGUCGAAGGGAAGGGUGCAGCAGAAGGAAAAGACUCCGCGCCGCAAGCCGCAAGCUGGGGAACAGGAACCAUAUGAUUCUGAUGACGUCGUAUGGCAAGCAGGAGCCAAGGACGAGGACCUUUACGGAGAUGAUUCUGUACCGUCCGACGAGGCCGAGAGGGAGAUAUUCUACGAGGCACAGGAGAAAGAAGCUCGUCGAAUAGUCGAAAAGAUCAAAGAACCGUCCAAGGCGAUCGAUUUCGAAGAAGCUCUUCAAGCCCCUGAGCUCUCAGAUGAAUUUCCUCCUGACUCUGAGAGUCGCGGGGAGCCUCUCGAGGAGGAAGGCAGGAUGGCUCCGCAGACCUACCUUGAGAUGCUGUUCGGCGACGAUGUAGAGGCUGUGAGCCGACCGGAGGGGCUGUCGAGGCUGCUCGACGAGAUGCAAUCAGCUUGCAACACGAUAAGAGAGUUUGUUGAGCCUGUGGUGAUGUGCUUGCAGUUGCUGUCAAGGGAUAUCAAGUCCAUGUCAGCGCCGGAGAGCAUUCUCUUCAUGAAAUACUCUGCAUUGACCAAGUUUGUCGAGAACAUCCAAGGUUAUGUCAUCAUGAAGAUGGAAGGUUCCAAGGACUCUGGGGAAUCGCGUAAGUUCCUGGAGAAUCUGAACUUGUUGUGGUCAGAGUUGAAGAUUGGAAGCAAUCGAGCGAAACGAGUGAAAAUCAAAAAGAAGCCAAGCACUCCAGCCGUCAAGUCAACGUCGCAAGACAGAAGGAUGGAUGAGAUAGAUAUCAAGUUGCAGAAGGAAGAAAGGUUCGAGGAAGCCCUGGAGAGUAAAGAUCUAGACCCGACCGUUGCGUUGGACAAGGGCUCGCAGUUCUGGCGGCGAAAGCUCAAGGAGGCAAAGCAGCUGCACAUGAUCGUGAGAGAGGACAAGCGAGAACUGAACACGGAUGAGCAAUACAAGGCUGAACGACUGGAGUACUUCCAACAGAUGUCGGAAAUCGCAAAAGCAGCAGAGAUGAAGAGGAGUGGGGAGGAUCAGCAUCAACGGAUUGAAGGGACGGUGCUCCUAGAAGGAGGACGACGACCCGCGUCAUAUGGCAUGCUGACCAACACAGUGGGAGUGAAGAGAAGAUAUCGAAAUCGCCGGGAUAGCAAUCCUAGGCUACGCCUCCGCCAUAAGUACCACAACCUCAUCAUCCGCGCUCGAGGAAAGACAAGGAAAGUCAGGACCGAGAAGGAGCAUGGAUACGUAGGAGAAGAGACGGGAAUCAAUCCCAAGGCCAAGCACAGUGUCAACUUGAAAUGGGAUGCCAAGGCGAUUCGCAAGAUAUGA